AUGUAUUUUUUUGCAGUCACAAUUCUCGUCCCAGCUGUCAUUUUGGCCAAGGCGCCUGGUCAUGAUCAUGGACAUAACCAUGGUUACGUGACAGACAAUCCGUUACAUAUCAACAACGAGAUCCAAGAUCUCAACAUUCACUUUGGAACUCACUUCUGUCUUGAUCUUUUGGUGGUUGACUGUCAUCUUCACAAUACAACUAACGAUGAACAGAUCUGCGGGACAGACGGUCACACAUAUGCGAAUCACUGCGAAUUUGCUCACGCCAUGUGCAUGUUCUCUCAUCUGCGAGUAAAGAGCCAUGGUCCUUGCAAUAGUGCAACCCGACCACCAACAACUGUGGCUUCUGGAUCAACCAUGCCACCAGCCACUACCUCGAUGCCACCAGCCACUACCAUGAUGCCCACAGACACCACAACAAUCAUGACAAACGCCCCAACAGUGGAAAUGACUACACCAGCGAUGUCCACAACCACAACACAGAGCCAAGAGACAGUGCUUUUCCAACAAGUUUUCUGUAGAAACAAAGAUUUUAUCCAUUGUCCAACAACCGUAACACCAACCUGUGCUUCAAAUGGCAUGAUGUUCAACAGCGGAUGCGAAUUCUCCAAGGCCAAAUGUGCUGAUAUUACGCUGACUCAGGUUGAUGUUAGCAUGUGUUCAACUCCAGUUGUUGGAUAAAGACAUAA